AUGGCCAACAGGUACCUCAGGGAUGGCCGCUCCAUGUUGAAGGUCACCUCUAUCGUCCACACCUACGAUGGUCUGUCGUUGGUCACCCCCGCUGUUGCCAGCCCAUCCAACCUGGACAUACUGCGCAACUUCAUCCAUGAGAGCCUCCCAACGGAUACCCUGUUCAAGGUCACGCUUCCAUCGUCGACGUCUUUCAUAAAGAUUCUCGAUGUUCCCUACUUCGACCCUAAAGGGCUGAAGAUCACCCAGGAGGCGCUUGAGAAGGCCCUCCAUACCUUGGUUCAUGCUGAGGUCUUUGCAUAUCUGAGCACCAAGCCUUGGAUAGAUUGCAACUCGGCACACUCAACAUUGUGCACCAUCUAUUGCAACCUUUGGGACUCCCAGCAGGGAACCCGUGCCAAGAAGGCCCUUGGCCAACUGAUCUUCCUUGCUGGACGGUCCUGCGCAAUCAGGUCUGCCGCUGCACGACACACCGGGGUCCUGCUCUGCCAGCGUUGCUGGAAGUGCGGCCAUCCUACUGUCGCCUGCAAGGCGAAACAACUCUCCUGCCCUAUCUGUUUGGGUCCACAUGAGCAGAAGGAGCAUCGUCAACAUGCGGGAUGUUGCAAGGGGAACAUGAAAGCGAAAGCCCCCGUGCCGCCCACCCCUCACGACCAGCCCUGCCCUCACAAGGGCUGCUGCAUCAACUGCCACAAGGACCAUGCCACUAACUCAGCGUCGUGCAAGUUCUGGGCCCAUCACUUCGACCGUGAGUGGAUCAUGGCCAAGUAUCAUCAGGUAUGUGAGCACGCUGCUCGCCGCCAACUUACUGACGCCCGAACCUAG